CUGCGCGUGCGCAGGAGACAGCUGUCUCCCAGUGCGGAACAAGUCUCUCAAAUUCACGAAAUCUCCGCGGGUCGGAGGCGGCUGCCAUCCUUCGGGUCCUCCUCCGCCCGGUCGCGUCCGCGACCCCGCCCGCGCGCCAGACUGACUGACCACCAUCAUGGAGGAAGCAGAGGUGGAGAGUCUGCUGAACCCCAGCUGUAAGAUCAUGACCUUCAGGCCCACCAUGGAGGAGUUCAAGGACUUCAACAAAUACCUUGUGUACAUGGAGUCGAAAGGCGCCCACCGGGCGGGCCUGGCCAAGGUGAUUCCCCCAGAAGGCUGGACACCCAGGAAGUCCUACCAUGACAUCGAUGAUCUGCUGAUCCCAGCUCCGAUCCAGCAGAUGGUGACCGGGCAGUCGGGGCUUUUCACUCAGUACAACAUCCAGAAGAAGGCCAUGACCGUGCGGGAGUUCCGGGACCUGGCCAACAGUAGCAAGUGCGGUGUGGAUGAAUGGAACAUCUCUCGCUUGAACACUGUCUUGGAUGUCGUCGGGGAAGAGUGUGGCAUUUCCAUCGAAGGCGUCAACACCCCUUACCUCUACUUCGGCAUGUGGAAGACCACCUUCGCCUGGCACACGGAGGACAUGGACCUCUACAGCAUCAACUACCUGCACUUCGGGGAGCCCAAGUCCUGGUACGCUAUACCCCCGGAGCACGGCAGACGUCUUGAAAGACUAGCUCAAGGUUUUUUCCCCAGCAGCUGUCAGGGAUGUGAAGCGUUUCUCCGCCACAAGAUGACGCUCAUCUCCCCCUCUGUGCUGAGGAAGUACGGCAUCCCCUUUGACAAGAUCACGCAAGAGUCGGGUGAAUUUAUGAUCACUUUCCCCUAUGGCUACCACGCUGGCUUUAAUCACGGCUUCAACUGCGCAGAAUCGACCAACUUUGCCACUGUCAGAUGGAUUGACUACGGAAAAGUUGCAAAAUUGUGCACUUGCAGGAAAGACAUGGUGAAAAUUUCUAUGGACAUCUUUGUGAAGAUAUUUCAGCCAGACAGAUACCAGCUUUGGAAGCAAGGAAGAGAUAUCUACACCAUUGAUCAUACGAAGCCCACCCCGGAAUCCACUCCUGAAGUGGACGCAUGGCUGCAGAGGAAGAGGAAAGUCAGGAAAGCACCCAAGAGCUUCCAGUACGACGGUUCUUACCCUAAACGGCCUAAAACCAGACAUGAUGAGGACGAGUCAGACACAGAGGAGGAGGCCUCAGAUGAAGAAGAAGAGGUGUCCGACGCAGCUGGUGGGGCUGAGCUGCCCACCCCUCCUCCCCGGGCCACACACGAGCUCAAGGUUGAUGACAGGCUGGAUGCAGCAACGCAGCUGCACAACGGAGCAUCUUCCGAGGAGGAAACCUCUGCGGAGGAAAAGCUGCUGGAUUCCAGCCUGUCUUCUAACGUCACAGGCUCAGGAGACGACUCAUCAGUGACGGAGGAAAUGAAAACUGAGCAGGCUGGUGACACCGUAACUUCGCAGAAGGCCUCGGUGAUGUUCAAGGACGCCGACUCCUCCCGGCUCUCAGGGUCAUCCGAGUCGUGCUCCUCAGCGACCGAGAGUAACAGUGCGUGGACCGAGGGAGAUGAGAGUGACGUGGAGAGCCGCGCGAGUAGCCUGGAACCCGGAGAGGUCCCGAUGGACCCCAGUGGAGAGAAAAAUGGCUUCAAACCUCCUCAUAGCGUACACGGGACGACUAAGACUGCCAAGAGCCGUCGCCAUCCCCUCAGCAAGCCUCCCGCCCGGUCCCUCAUGACGGUGGUGAAGCAGCAGGCAGCUAGUGACGAAGAGUUGCCCGAGGCACCUUCACCUGAGAUGCAGCUGGUAGAAACUGAGUCCUGGGCGAAGCCUCUGGUCCACAUCUGGCAGACGGAGACUCCCAACUUCGGGGCUGAGCAAGACUACAAUGCAGUCGUGGCCAGAAUGGAGCCGUACUGUGCUAUCUGCACACUACUCAUGCCCUACUACAAGCCAGACAGCAGUAGUGAAGAAAAUGAAGCUAGAUGGGCAACAAAGUCAGAAGAAGUAAUCCCUUUGAGAGAAAAGACGAAGCCACUCAUUCCCGAGAUGUGUUUUAUUUAUAGCGAAGAAAAUCUAGACCAUUCUCCAGCCAGUGCCUUCCUUGAAGUAGACGGCACGAGCCUUCUGAUUUCCUGCGCCAAGUGCUACGUACGGGUUCAUGCAAGUUGUUAUGGUCUCCCUUCUCAGGAGGUUUCUGAUGGAUGGCUCUGUGCCCGCUGCAGAAGAAAGGCGUGGACAGCUGAAUGCUGUCUGUGUACCCUGAGAGGCGGUGCUCUGAAGCAGACCAGGAACAAGAAGUGGGUUCAUGUCAUGUGUGCUGUUGCAGUCCCAGAAGUUCGAUUCACAAAUGUUCCAGAAAGGACCCAGAUCGAUAUUAGCAGGAUUCCGCUACAGAGGUUAAAGUUGAAGUGCAUGUUUUGCAGAGGCCGGGUGAAGAAGGUCUCCGGAGCCUGCAUCCAGUGUUCCUACGGCCGCUGCCCGGCCUCCUUCCACGUCACCUGCGCCCACGCGGCUGGCGUGCUGAUGGAGCCUGAUGACUGGCCCUACGUGGUGAACAUCACGUGCUUCCGACAUAAGGUCAACCCCAACAUGCCGAAGCCCAAGGCUUGCGAGAAGGUCAUCGGCGUGGGCCAGACGGUCAUCUCAAAGCAUCGGAACACGCGCUAUUACAGCUGCAGCGUGAUUGCCGUGACGUCGCAGACCUUCUAUGAGGUGAUGUUUGACGACGGCUCGUACAGCCGGGACACGUUUCCUGAAGACAUCGUGAGCCGAGACUGUGUGAAGCUGGGACCUCCGCCUGAGGGAGAAGCUGUGCAAGUCAAGUGGUCUGACGGCAAACUCUACGGGGCCAGGUACCUGGGCUUCAACGUUGCCCACAUGUACCAGGUGGAAUUUGAAGAUGGAUCCCAGCUGGGGAUGAAGAGAGAAGACAUCUACACCCUAGAUGAAGAGCUGCCCAAGAGAGUGAAGGCUCGCUUGUCCACAGCCUCUGACAUGCGAUUCGAGGACACGUUUUACGGCACGGACGUUAUCCAAGGGGAGAAGAAGAGGCAGAGAGUGCUGAGCUCCCGGUUCAAGAACGAGUACGUGGACGACCCCGUGUACCGCACGUUUCUGAAGAGCUCUUUCCAGAAGAGGUGUCAGAAGAGACAGUAG